CUCUUCCCGCAAUUUGGUUCCUUUCGAUAGAACGCUUGAAGGUGGUGCAGAAUCUUUCCCGCGACGAUUCUGGCUCCGUGCCUAAUAGUAAAUGCUCUGAUUUACUCAGAGCUAUGAUGAAGUGUGCAGCAUAUGCCUUGUUUUCAUCAUUGUCUCCUGUCAAUUUUAGUUCCUUAAUAUUCCAUCAUAGGCCCUCCAAUAAUAUAUUAUAUGGCUAUUCCACUCAAUCAAGAACACUUUGUUGUCAAUCCUUGAAGCAUCCAAUACACGCAAAUGAUGUAAUGGUUUCUGGACAUUACCUUCCUCCUUGGUUCAGUGUUGCUCCAAUGAUGGAAUGGACAGAUAAUCAUUACCGUACUCUUGCGAGGCUAAUAUCUAAGCAUGCAUGGCUUUACACAGAGAUGGUUGUUGCGGAAACAAUUGUUCAUCAAAAAGAUAAUUUGGACAGAUUCUUGGCAUUUCCUCCAGAACAACACCCUAUUGUCCUUCAAAUUGGCGGAAGUAAUCUGGAUAACCUGGCAAAAGCUGCUGAACUUGCAAAUGCAUACCACUAUGAUGAGAUAAAUCUCAACUGUGGGUGCCCUAGUGGAAAAGUGGCCGGACAUGGGUGCUUUGGUGUGCGUCUUAUGCUUGAUCCAAAGUUUGUUGGGGAGGCUAUGUCAGCCAUUGCUGCCAAUUCCGAUGUCUCAGUCAGUGUUAAGUGCCGAAUAGGUGUUGAUGGUCAUGACUCUUAUGAUCAACUCUGUGAUUUUAUUUAUACGGUUUCUUCUCAAUCACCAACUAAGCAUUUCAUUAUACAUGCACGGAAGGCCCUUCUUAAUGGCAUAAGCCCUGCUGAAAAUCGAAGAGUUCCUCCCCUUAAAUAUGAAUACGUAUUUGGCCUUUUACGUGACUUCCCAGAGUUACAAUUUACAAUAAAUGGAGGGAUAACUAACAUUGAUGAGGUCAGUGCAGCACGAAAAGGAGGAGCUCAUGGGGUGAUGGUUGGACGUGCUGCUUACAACAACCCAUGGGCUACUUUGGGACAUGUUGAUAGUGCUGUUUAUGGGUUACCUAGUUCUGGUAUUUCACGUCGUCAGGUUCUUGAAAAAUUUCAGGCAUAUGGUGAUUCCAUUCUCGGUAAAUAUGGACCUAAUAAACCAAAUGUCCGGCAAGUGGUUAAGCCAUUACUUAACCUUUUCCAUUCGGAGCCUGGGAAUGGACUGUGGAAGCGCAAAGCAGAUGCUGCAUUACACCAUUGCACGAGCAUCCAGUCGUUUCUCGAGGAAACCCUGGAAGCCUUUCCAGACUCUGUAUUGGAUUCAACACCUGAGAGGAGUCCAUCUGCUUCUGAAGAUACAUUCAUUGAUAUACAUAGGUUGCUUCCUCCUUCAUAUAAAUUAAAAGAACAAGAGCUGUUGUACGCUUAGUCUGAGUAUGUAUACAUUAACUGUAUAUUAAUAUAACUGUUAAAGCUUCAGUGUA